AUGAAGGUUAUCUUCUUUUGCUACACUUUGGCGGCUUUCCUUAUUCUGGCUUCGUCUCAGAAGUUCGACCUCUGCGAUAAAACUGAUGAUCAAAUAAGCUGGGUCUGUGCCUGCAUCCGUUCUCAUGCAACUGAAGGCUUGCAGAGGGGCUUGAAGAGCCUUUGGGACUUGACAAAGUGCACCACGGAUGUUUGCAUGGCGCGCACUUUCUGCAAGUAUCCGGAAUUUCCCGCGGAGCUCUAUCCCUUCCUGACGCACGAGCAGUACGUCGAGCUCGAAAAGCUGCUGGGAGAGUGUCUGGACAGUCUGCCCAGAAGUCAUCGUUCCAUCGACAUGUCCGGCACCUUGCAGUGGAUCAUGAGCUAUCUCUACUGA